GAAUAUAGUCCAAAUCAUGUGGUCAGCAAAAUGGAUCCGUUCAUUUCGUCGGCGGUUGACACUUUUGAUGCAUUAGUGUUCACUUCGAGGUUUCAACGAGAAUGAGUGUUAUUUAACCGAAUCUAUAUAGUUCAUGUAGAUAUAGAAUAAUUUUUAAUAGCCAUGGCUACUAUUCUGUCUCAGUACAGCACGACAGGAUUUUAUAAAGCCACUGUGUCUAAGGGACUCAUGGGCAGCAUGUUUCUAACAUGCACAGCCAUGAAUAUGCCUUUGUUGGCUCAUAUGCGCAAGUACUUGGUGUGUAAAUUGCCUGACAUCUUCAAAGAAGGGGAGGUGUGGAGGCUUCUUACUUCUAGAAUAACUUUCCUUGAUACAAAGGAUUUAGUUUGUGGUGCACUUUUAAUUUACUAUUUCAGAGUGUUUGAAAGGCGAUAUGGCUCUCAUAAGUUUGCGUCAUACUUGCUUGCGACAUGUACCAUUGCUACAAUCCUGGAAACAACAGCUAUUCUGGUACUACAGCAUCUUGACAUUGAUCUGCACAGUGGUGGAUAUCUUCCACCAGGACCGUAUGGUCUCAUCUUUCCCUUGUUUGUGAGUUUCUUUUUUGACGUUCCUCGUGUAGCUCAGACCCACAUCCUCGGCAUCCCAGUGACAGGCAAAACAUUAACAUAUUUCCUGGGACUACAAGUAUGCUCGACUUCAGCAGCAACGGCCAUAUCAGGCCUGUGUGGCAUUGUGGCUGGUCUCAUGUAUCGAUACAAUGUUUUGUACCUGCGCCAGUGGUUCUUAGUGCCACGAUGGAUGGCAAAGUUAAGCAGCAUGUCAGUUGGCUGGUUGCUUCGCUCAGGCGCACCACAAGAAGGAGCUAUUGGUGCUACCCUGGAAAUUCAGCGGGCACAGCAGCUAGAGUUGCUGGAGCAGCAAGUGUUACUGAACCGUGCACGUGAUGUCCGUAGGCAGCAGGGGCAAGGCUUUGCAGAAACUUUGGUGGGUCCUGAGAAUUACUGGCCUAACGAGAGUGGAACACUCUUUGGCGGUUUCUUUAGAAAUAGAAGACACAAUGCUGUAGACGUGCAAGAGAAUAAUGUACAGCCAUCUGAGGAGCAAGUGCAGACGUUAAUGGAAAUGGGAUUUGAACGUGCACAAGUGCUCAGUGCUUUGCGCAGUGCAAAUAAUGACAUUCACAGUGCAACAAAUAUCUUGCUUCAUGAGUCCUGAACAUUUACCCAUGAGUGUAGGAAAAUGGUCAUGUGGAAGUGUCUUGAAUGAUCAUUCGGAUUUACAGAGAGAAAGAAGGAUGAAGUGCUACUACAAGAUUUAUUUCUUCUGUCUCAUUUGUACAGGACUUGGUAAUGGCAUGAUAUUUGUUUAAUUGCAAUAAAUGUAAGAUUGAUAGUGUGACACAUGUUUGACUUUUGGGUCUCAAACACUGCAGGCUGGCUCACAUUCAGUGGUAUACACAAGAUUCAUUUGUUACUGUGGUACAGCUUGACUGUGCACCUCAUUUGAACAUCUGUAAGAGAGCUUUGUAUUAUCAGACCUUGCAGUUCUUUAAUUUCAGUUUUUGAAGUCUUGUUAGAUUUGAUAACUACAGGUUGAUUCAUAAUUACUUAUUAAACUGGGGUACUGCAUGUUAAUAAAUUUCUUUGUACAUAUGCUGUAAAUGUUUACUUCUGGAUAUUUUCUGUACUUGUUAUACUUUGGUGUUAAUUUGAAGUGCUGAGUAGGUGAAAGAGUGAAUGCACCUCAGUAUUUGAUAGGUAGUUUGUAGUUUUGUAGAUUACUUAUGUUCAGAUGGGGGCUGUGCAGUGGGUGAGUUGGAGUACACACCAGUCUAUAAUAAGGCAAAGUUUUUUCUUGAACAUUUUAAAGAAGACUGUGACAUUAGAUAAAGUUAGUACAUUUUAAGCAUUUUAGUCUAGAAUUUAUUUCCCCCCAUCAGUCUGGUGAGGCUGAAUUAUGUUGGUAUGUCUGGUAGGCAGUAUAAGUGCACGCAUAUUACAUAAUGAAUGAUGAAGAUUGUUUCUGACUAUACCUUCUAAAUAUAUAUUUUUACUAUAUAGAGGGCACAGAGAGAAGUCUCAUGGACAAUGGGGAUGAGAGUGCUCAACACUUCCUUCUUUCUGUAUCUUGUUGGUUUCUUUCCAGCCCUAUCUGGUGUGUGUCAGCAAGCCAAAAAAGGUCCUUGGCUCUAGUGAAGGUUGUCACAUAAUUAUCAUUACAGACGUUUAGAACAGAAUGGAUAGGAUGGCAGGAAGGGGAUACAGGGGCAUAGGGGAAGUGUGAGAGUUCAAGAGAUGUGAAGAGGUUUCAAUCCAUGUGACUUCUUGCAGCCUCAAUACUCCUCUUGGUGCAAACAUAAAUUCAAGUCACACUAUUGUUACAGGUUUUUGUUUAGUUUUGAACAAGCUUUAUUUGUAUUCAAACAGCUGUACAGCUGUUACAGAAGCAGCUGAUCUGCUUGGCAGUAACUGCAGUAAAACUAUAAGCACCUCAUAGUGGCAUGUCUUACGUCCGCUUGGCAUUAAAUCUGACCAAAUAUUCAAUUCACUUAUUAAUUAACUUAUCAUUCCUGGACCAAAUUAUCUGUCAUAUCACUGCAAGUGUUCCAGUUGGCACAUACACGUAUAUGCAUCAUUAUUUUUGUAAACCAGGCUUGCAGUUAGUAAUGAACAUUUCAUUGGGUGAAGACAUGGUAGCAGAAACAGUUCAGAAUUUUAGUGAUUUUGUACAGUUACCAUAAAAGGUAUGGGCUGGGAUAGCACAAUCGAUAUAGCGACUGGCUAUGGGCUGGACAACCAAGGGAUCAGAGUUUAAGUCCUGGUAGGAUCAAGAAUUCU